AUGGCUCGAUUAUACGAUGCAAUCGAACCGGAAGUUGUAUCAAUGGAUAUGCUUCAAAAUGCUGUUGAAUCAUUACGAGCUGAUGGAGACAAUCAAGUUGUACCAAAAGAAGAUAAAUUAGAUUAUAGUGCUGUGAAUUCACUUCGUUUAGAUUUUCGAAGUAUUCUUCGAAUGGAAAAUCUUUGGCUAUUUAGUAAUUUGACAAAACUCCAAAUGGAUAAUAAUAUAAUUGAACGUAUUGAAGGACUUGAUACAUUACAGAAAUUAACUUGGUUAGAUCUUUCAUUUAAUAAUAUAACAAAUAUUGAAGGUUUAGAUACUUUAACUGAAUUAACUGAUUUAUCAUUAUAUAAUAAUCGAAUAACAAAUAUUGAAAAUAUGGAUACACUUAAAAAACUCAAUGUGUUUUCUAUUGGAAACAAUCAAGUCGACGACGAAAAUAGCAUUCGUUAUUUACGUCGUUUUGAUAAUCUUCGAACUGUUUGUCUUCGUGGUAAUCCAUUUGCAUCUAAGCCAGAUUAUUAUACAUUUACAAUUGCUCAUUUACCACAAAUACAUUUUCUUGAUUAUAAACUUAUUGAUGAAGCACCUAGAGAAGAAGCAUUGAAAAAAUAUGAAAUUCAAAUUCAACAAUUAAUAACAACUGAAGAUCAAGAUCGAGAAAAAGAUAAAAAAUCUGAUGAUAAAAAGAAACAACAUCAAUUACAUAAAGAAGCUUUUGUUGAAAAUAUGGAUCAAAAUCAACUAUUUACAGCAAUGUUUAAAGACGACUCUGAAGGACAAAAAUUACUUCUUGUACCCGGUGCUGAUGAACUAGUAGCACAAAUUGAAGAAAAAUUUGUUGCUAUUGUUCAUACAAUGUUUGAAUUUGGUUUAAAAGAAAAAGAAACACGAGAUAAAGAAAUUGAUGAUUUUUGGAUAUGUGUUAAUGAAGCAAAAGAUGAAAAUACACGUCGAGCAGCAGUAAUUGUUGAUGAAUUUAAAGAAUAUAGAACACAAUUAUUUGCAAAAGAAGAUCUUGAACAACAAGGUGUAUCAUCAGCAGUUGCAGCUGAAUAUGAUGACGCUUUAACAAAUCUUCGUAAUAAAUUAAUGGCAUUAGAAAUUGCACUUGUCGAUCAAUUAGAAGAAACAAUUCAAACAUUUGAACGAAAUUUAGGUGAAAUGGUUUCAAAUUUUACAGAAUCUAUGCGUGCAAAUUUUGGUUUAUUACGAGAAUUACAAGCAUUUUUCAAUGAAUCUAUUAUUAAUCUAUGUGUAGCAGCUGUUGAACGGUAUAUGAAAGGUGAACUCGAUGAUGAAUUUCCUGAUGAAACACGAGAUUUAUUUGCUGAUAAAGAUACAAUAUUGAAUGCUUGUCAAACAUCCGAUGAAAUUCAUCGAUCAAAACUCGAUCAACGUGAAGAUGAAAUGUUUUCACGUAUAUCAAAUUGGUUAACAACAAUGGUGGAUAAUAUUCAUGAAGAUGAAGAAUAUAACCGAAAUCGUAAACGUAUUAUUGAAAUUAGUCGUCUUAUUGAUUAUUUACGAGCGGAUAUUGAAGACAUGUAA